AUGGCCUUGUUUAUCCGUUCACUCUUGGUCGCUCUGAUCGUGAUGUCUCAAGUUGAACUACAAGUUGAAGCUUCCAGCAACCAGAGAACGGUUUCAUGUGAGCUACAAACAAGUAGUAAGAUAGACGUGUUGAGGCUUAUAGUAGAAAACUACCUCGUCAUUCUUGACGAUGAAGUCAGAAACACACAACAUCUGGUGAAAGAGAUGCAGGGUGCAGUAUUGACCAACCAAGAAAGGGCCACCUCUGAGCAAGAGGAAACACGUCGAAUGGUUAGUGAGUUGCAGGGUGCAGUAUCGACCAACCAAGAAAGGGUCACCUCUGAGCAAGAGGAAACACGUCGAAUGGUUAGUGAGUUGCAGGUUGCGGCAUCAACCAACCAAGAAAGGGCCACCUCUGAGCAAGAGGAAACACGUCGAAUGGUUAGUGAGUUGCAGGGUGCAGUAUCGACCAACCAAGAAAGGGCCACCUCUGAGCAAGAGGAAACACGUCGAAUGGUUAGUGAGUUGCAGGUUGCGGCAUCAACCAACCAAGAAAGGGCCACCUCUGAGCAAGAGGAAACACGUCGAAUGGUUAGUGAGUUGCAGGGUGCAGUAUCGACCAACCAAGAAACAACCACCUCUGAGCUGGAGGAAACACGUCGUAUGGUUAGUGAGUUGCAGGGUGCGGUAUUGACCAACCAAGAAACAACCACCUCUGAGCUGGAGAAAACACGUCGUAUAGUUAGUGAGUUGCAGGGUGCAGUAGCGACCAACCAAGAAACAACCACCUCUGAGCUGGAGGGAACACGUCGUGCAGUUAGUGAGUUACAGGUCGCAGUAGCGACCAACCAACAAACGGACACCUCCGAGGUACAGGGCAUAAGACGACAGCUAGAACAGCUGCAUGGCUCUCUAUUUCCAUGGGUGCUAGACAUUCAGGGAAGACGAUUGUUCUGA